GCAUCGGGGGGCGCGCUGGAGGCUGUAACGCGACGCCGGGGCGUUGAGGCUUUCGGGAAGUAUGUGGGCAGCCCGGCAAUUCGGGCUGCAGGGACGCGCCGACGAUGCCAGGAAACUCUCGCGAACUCACCGCCAAGAGUACCUUUGCCGCAGGUUUGGAAGCGCCGGUACGGCUGUUCAUCAUGCGGGUGGCAGUUACUUGGGUCAAGAACUUCGACCGCUGUAUUGAGCACACGCAGUACACACAUCGUAUUCAGAAGCCUAGUACCGUGCUUCCCAGCACGUCCAUACGCUCACCGCCGUCUUCCUCCUUCUAUAUCAUCUACGCCACCUCCCUACUGCACCGCCCAUGCCACCCCCAUACUGCAUCUUCCCAGUCACCCUCCUACUUCAUCUCCUACGCCUCCCUCCUGCAGCUCUGCACCACACAUAUACGUCCGUCUCUCCAUCCACAAAAUCGCUAUCUAUCCGCAAUAUUUAUCAUCGGUGUAUAUUACUCAGAGAGAUGGGUGUGCAUACUCAAAGAGAUAGGUGUGCAUACUCACAGAGAUGGGCGUGUAUAUAGCAUGAAGCUGCAUUGGCGCUGUGA